CGUAAAGCCGAGAAUCCGCUUUUAAGCUGUGGCAUCAUUAGCAAGCAGUCAGUGUCUCAGUGAAGCGGAAGCAGCAGCGUCACUUUCCCCCUCUCGCUUCCCCAACCCGAGGAAGAAGAAGAAGAAGAACCUAGUCCAAUUCAGAGGAGCUGAGCUUCCAGGAGGCGCUGCAUCUGCUGUUCUGAGCUGAGCUGAGCUCGGGGAAGGCACAAUGCGAUGGCCACUGGGCGCCAUCAUUGGCCGCCACGCCUCCGCCGCCGCCGCCGGAGCAGGAGGAGAAAAGGACGCCGGAGCCGGAGCCGGCGUCAUUCGCCACGACCGCAAGUGCCGCGACCUGCCAUUCCUUGCCCUCUUCGCCGCCUUCUGGGUCGCCAUGAUUGUCAACUCCAGCUUCGGCUUCAACCAGGGCAACCCACUCAGGCUAACAUUUGGACUUGACUAUAAAGGAAACAUAUGUGGCAGCAAACAUGGUGAUCCAAAUUUGCAUGAGCUUGAUGUUCGUUAUUGGAUGAAUCCCAACCAGGUCUACCAAAGUGGGCUGAAAAGCAACCAAAUCAAUCUACCUGAUGCCAAGGCCAUAUGUCUGAUGGAAUGCCCCUAUCCUGCAGAAGAUGGGUUGAACUUUGUCUGUGAUUAUCCAGAUGGUGACAUACGGCUCUCUGUUGAUGAUUGGAUUGACAGGGACUAUGAUUACUUUGAGUAUCUCACACCAGACAUGAGAAACAGUUCUCUUCAGUUGCAGGGUCCAUGUUACCCCAUCAUAUUUCCAAGUAUAAAUGUCUACUGGAGCUGCCAGUUUAUUGCACGGCCGUCCAAUGUCUCUCUGAAGCAUUGGCAGCAGAUGGGCGGCGUCAGCAUUGAUGCAAACAUGCUUAUUGACAAAACAAUUCACAAUGCCGUCAACUCUAAGUCCUCUGUCUUAAAGAGAUAUGUUGCAGAUAUUGGGAAGUCCUGGCCAGUGUUAAUCGUUUGUGGUGGAUUACUCCCACUUUUACUAUCAUUGAUAUGGUUAGCGAUGAUACGCUAUUUUGUUUCUGGGAUGCCAUGGGUAACAGUGGUCAUUUUUAAUGUCCUUGUAAUAUCGGUUACAAUGUUCUUCUAUAUAAAAGCUGGCUGGAUUGGCAAUGAUCCCUUAACUGUUGUAAUCGGUGCAAGUGAUCCAUAUGUCAGCAUAAGUGGACGGGAAAUAAAUCACCUGCAUGUUGCUGCGGUUUUGAUGACCGUAGUAAUGAUCAUUGCUUUCCUGACUUCAAUAGCUAUUGUUCGACGUAUACUGAUAGCAACGUCUGUCCUGAAGGUGGCUGCAAAGGUCAUUGGUGAAGUCCAUGCAUUAAUUAUUUUUCCGAUAGUACCAUACUUCGUGCUUGCUAUCUUCUAUAUGUUGUGGUUUUCAGCCACACUGCAUCUUUUCAGCGCUGGUCAAGUGUUACGAAAUGAUUGCAAUUCAAAUUGCUGUUCGUUUGAUCUCAAGUUGGGAAAAGUAAACUGUGACAACUGCUGCGGGUACAGUAUCCAUUACACCCCACAUAUUGGCCUUGCCAUUCUCUUCCACCUGUUUGGCUGUUACUGGGCAACACAAUUCUUCAUCGCGUGCUCUUCAACUGUAAUUGCUGGAUCUGUUGCUUCAUACUACUGGGCGCGUGAUGAAAUAUCGCAUGACAUACCGUUUCAUACGGUGGUGUCUUCCCUGAAGCGCUUGUUGCGCUAUAGCCUUGGAUCUGUGGCUCUAGGUUCACUGAUGGUAUCUGUCGUAGAGUGGGUGCAGUUUGUACUCAAAUCAAUUCGCCGUAGGCUGAAAGUAGUUGAUUCAGCGCGUGAAAGCUGCUUUGGGAAGACAGUGUCAUCCUCAUCUCACUGCUGCCUCGGUUGCAUAGAUUGGACCAUCAAAUCAGUGAACAGGAAUGCUUACAUCAUGAUUGCCAUUACAGGGAAAGGGUUCUGCAAGGCUUCGGAGCUGGCGACCGGGUUGAUAAUGAACAACAUACUGCGCAUCGGAAAAGUGAACGUCAUCGGUGACGUGAUCCUGUUCCUGGGAAAGCUGUGCGUGAGCCUGUCGAGCGUGCUCUUCGCGUUCCUGAUGCUGGACAACCACAAGUACAGGUCUUCUCACAGCAAGAUAUCGUCACCGCUGUUCCCCGUGCUGCUGUGCUGGGCGCUUGGUUACGCUGUGGCUCAGCUCUUCUUCGGCGUGGUGGAGACGUCCGUGGAGACGGUGGUGCUGUCCUUCUGCCAGGACGCGGAGGAGCACCAAGGGGAUGCGCAGUACGCGCCCCCUGUGCUGAUGGAGACCCUGCUGGGUGGUGACCCAACACAGCUUCAGAGACUCACCGCCCAGCCUUGAUCGUCUGAUGAAUGGACCUCGAUAAUUUCUCAGCUGGCUCUUAGGAAUAGUUACAUUCAUUUUUAGGUAAAUUUGAGACAAGAAUUAUGGGACGGAGGGAGUAAUUAGGAGUCCGUUUCCAAUUAUGUAAGAGUCUGACUUGAUCCCCAAGUUUGUAAGGGCCCUUAUAGUCCUGCACUCCUGCCUAGUCAAUCAUUCAAGGAAGCAAUCUAAUACCAA